AUGGUUGUGCAGCUUUCACCGACGACGAUGCCGAUGAUCGUCCUAGUAAACUUCUCACCCUAUCUUAACAAAUCAAAGAAAAUCAAAAUACAUAUUGAUGAUGACGAUUAUGAUUGCGAUGAUGACGAUUGUAAUGAUGGCAAUGCUGAUGAUGGUUGUGAUGAUGACGAUUGUGAUGAUGACAAUGCUGAUGAUGAUUGUGAUGAUGACGAUUGUGAAGAAGACGAUUCUGAUGAUGGUUGUGACGAUGACGAUGGUAAUGAUGACAAUGCUAAUGGUGAUUGUGAUAAUGACGAUUGUGAUGAUGACAAUGCUGAUGAUGAUUGCGAUGAUGACGAUUGUGAAGAAGACGAUGCUAAUGAUUAUUGUGAUGAUGACGAUGCUGAUAAUGACAAUGCUGAUGAUGAUUGUGAUGAUGACGAUUGUAAUGAUGACAAUGCUGAUGAUGAUUGUGAUGAUGACGAUGAAUGUGAUGACGAUGCUGAUGAUGAUUGUGAUGAUGACAAUGCUGAUGAUUGUGAUGAUGACGAUUGUGAAGAAGACAAUGCUAAUGAUUAUUGUGAUGAUGACGAUGCUGAUGAUGAUUGUGAUGAUGACGAUUGUGAUGAUGACGAUUGUAAUGAUGACAAUGCUGAUGAUGAUUGUGAUGAUGACGAUUGUGAUGAUGACAAUGCUGAUGAUGAUUGUGAUGAUGACGAUUGUAAUGAUGACAAUGCUGAUGAUGAUUGUGAUGAUGACGAUGAAUGUGAUGACGAUGCUGAUGAUGAUUGUGAUGAUGACAAUGCUGAUGAUUGUGAUGAUGACGAUUGUGAUGAUGACAAUGCUGAUGAUGAUUGUGAUGAUGACGAUUGUAGUGAUGACAAUGCUAAUGAUGAUUGUGAUGAUGACGAUGAAUUGCCGGCCUCGGGAAACGUCACGGUGCGCCCUAUGGUGGACGCGGGAGCCCGUAGCGGGCAAUUGAGGGGAGUAGACGAGGGCAUAUGCCCACCGUUGAUACCCUAG